AGUGUCCGCGCGGGCGACGCCCCUCUCCCCGCCCAGCCCCGCGGCCUCCGCCGCCCCGGCCGCGGUUUUCCUGGCGAGCCCGCGGUGGCCUCAGCGGGCUCAGAGCCUGGACUAGGCGCGCGGCAGCGGGCAGCCCCGGCCGGAGCACCGGUUCGCGCCUUCCUCGCCGCCACACGCAGAGCCUGGAGUGGUGCUGGGGACAUGGUGCCUUACUAUUUAAUGAAAUGUUCACAGGUUGAAUGACUUAAAUGUGCACAAAUAAUUGAUUGCCUGGAGAAAUGGAUACUUCUCCCUCCAAAAAAUAUCCAGUUAAAAAACGGGUGAAAAUACAUCCAAACACAGUAAUGGUGAAAUACACGUCUCAUUAUCCUCAGCCUGGGGAUGGUGGAUAUGAAGAAAUCAAUGAAGACUAUGGAAGUUUUAUGGAAGAAAAUUCAAAGAAAGGCCUGCUCAGUGAAAUGAAAAGAAAAGGAAGAACCUUCUUUGGAACCAUGGAUACCUGCCCUCCAACAGAAGACCCAGUGACCAAUGAGAUUGGACAGUUCCAGAGCUUUGCAGAAAAAAAUAUUUUUCAAUCCAGAAAAAUGUGGAUAGUGCUGUUUGGAUCUGCUUUGGCUCAUGGAUGUGUAGCUCUUAUCACUAGGCUUGUUUCCGAUCGUUCCAAAGUUCCAUCUCUAGAACUGAUUUUUAUCCGUUCUGUUUUGCAGGUCUUAUCUGUGUUAGUUGUGUGUUACUACCAGGAAGCCCCCUUUGGACCAAGUGGAUACAGACUGCGACUUUUCUUUUACGGUGUAUGCAAUGUCAUCUCUAUCACCUGUGCUUAUACAUCGUUUUCAAUAGUUCCUCCUAGCAACGGGACCACUAUGUGGAGAGCCACAACCACCGUCUUCAGUGCCAUUUUGGCUUUUUUACUUGUAGAUGAGAAAAUGGCUUGUGUUGACAUGGCUACAGUUGUUUGCAGCAUCUUAGGUGUUUGUCUUGUCAUGAUCCCCAACAUUGUUGAUGAAGAUAAUUCUUUGUUAAAUGCCUGGAAAGAAGCCUUUGGGUACACUAUGACUGUGAUGGCUGGACUGACCACUGCUCUUUCCAUGAUAGUAUACAGAUCCAUUAAGGAGAAGAUCAGCAUGUGGACUGCACUGUUUACAUUUGGUUGGACUGGGACAGUCUGGGGAAUAUCUACUAUGUUUGUUCUUCAAGAACCCAUCAUCCCACUAGAUGGAGAAACCUGGAGUUAUCUAAUUGCUAUAUGCAUUUGUUCUACUGCAGCCUUCUUGGGAGUUUAUUAUGCCUUAGACAAAUUCCAUCCAGCUUUGGUCAGCACAGUACAACAUCUGGAGAUUGUGGUAGCAAUGGUGUUGCAGCUUCUAGUGUUACAUAUAUUUCCUAGUGUCUAUGAUGUCUUUGGAGGGGUAAUCAUUAUGAUUAGUGUUUUUGUCCUUGCUGGCUAUAAACUUUACUGGAGGAAUUUAAGAAGGCAGGAUUAUCAGGAAAUACUCGACUCUCCCAUUAAAUGAAUACUUGAUUAUUACCUUGUUAAUGUUCAGUUACUAAUAGGUACACUGCCAUUUUAAUGUUCACCUAUAAAUGGUUUUUUGUGUUGUAUAACUGACAGAGUGCUAUAUAUAAUUAAUAUAUGCAGAUGUAGAAAAAUUUAGUCUUCUAAAUAUUAAAUUAUGUGGAAUAUCAUGAA